GACUCUGAGCCGGAGCUAGGCUGCUGCGGACUGGGAUGGCGGCGGCGGCGGCGGGGACGGUGGGCGGCCUGGGCCCGGGCUCGGGCUGGACGGCCGCGAUUCGGCGGCUGCUGCGGCUGUUCACCUCGGCUCGGAGGCCAGGUUCCUUAGGCCUCCAGUGCCUCCCAUUGGUGGUGGAAGGCCAACAGGUAGGACUGGUGGUGCCCGCUGUCGUCAGGGAACUACGAGCCUUUCCCCGCGUGUUCGUGGAGGUGGCAGGGGGCCUGGAGCUUCGAGGGGGUCAUUGCCCAGAGGAGCGCACAGAGGCCGUGGCGGGGGUCCUGGCGCAGCUGCGAGCUGAGGGCCGCCUGGCGAGGCUGGCGAGGUGGCGAGAUGAGGCAUACGAGGUGCGGUCCAGUUUCGGAGCUCCCCCCUUGUUGAAUGUGGAGCGAGCAGCAGCCUCCUUGCUGGGGAUCCUCCAGUUUGGGGCGCAUCUCAAUGCCUUCGUGCUGCGAGGUCAAGAUGAUGGGGAAGGAUCCCAGGAGAUGCUCAUGUGGCUGGCAAAGCGGUCCCCUCACAAGCCCACCCAUCCUGGCCUGCUGGACAACUUGGCAGCUGGGGGCAUAAGUGCUGGGCUGGGCGUAAAGGAAGCCAUGGUGAAGGAGAGCUGGGAGGAGGCCCGAAUCCCUCCGGAGCUGGCCACUCAGGCCCGGCCCGUGGGCUGCCUCAGCUACAGCUAUGAGGAGAUGGACGGGGAAGAGUUUGGGGCCGUGGUUCGGGAAUGCCUGUUUGUUUUUGACCUACAAGUGCCAGAAGACUUCACCCCCCAAGUGGGAGAUGGGGAAGUCCAGGAGUUCCACCUCUGGCCCCUGGACAAGGUCAGGGAAGCUGUGAGUUCUGGCAGCUUCAAGCCCAACUGUGCCCUGGUGGUGCUGGACUUCCUGAUGAGACAUGGACUGCUGCAUCCUGACCAGGAGCCCCUGUACCCAGAGCUGAUGGCAGUGAUGCACCAGACCCUGUGAGCCAUGCCCAGGAUGCCAGCAGACAGUGGGAGCAGCCAGAGACCUAGAACCCAGUUUGGGGCAAUUCCACACUCCUGCAAAGGGCCAAACUUCUCCUCCCAGAUCCCGGUGUCUCCCGUCAGACCUGCAGGAAUUGGAGGAGGCUCUGGCCCCAGAGAAGGCCUAGCAGGGGACAUGGGACAAGACCCGGUGACUUUCCCAGGGCAGGGAUGAAGGAGUGAGAGGUAUGAGGCCACAGGGACAGACAGGGGGAAUCACUCCCUUUGUUCAGCCUGGCGCCUGCUCCGCCCAUGUCCUCUCUGCCUUCAGGCCCCACACCCUUCCCCUAGACAGCCAGGGGCACCACAGUGGGCAGAGCACCAGGCCUAGCGUCAAGAAGACCAGAAUUCAGACACUUGGUCACUGGCAGCCCCAGGCAAGUCACUUCAUCUCUCUGUGACUCAGUUUCCUCAGCUGUGACACAUGCCUCACAGGGUGGUUACGAGGAUCCAAUAAGAUGAUAUUUGUUGAUGGUUUGUUUUUUAAAUAAUAAACAUUUUUAUUUAUAUUUUGAA